ACACCAACCACAACUGAGUCAACGACAACAGUCACAACUGACGCAACAACAGCAACAGCUGAAGCCACAACAUCCACAACUGAGUCACCCACAACAACCACAACUGAGGCAACAACAACUACAACUGAGGCCACAACAACCACAGCUGAAGAAAUGAAAACCACAACUAAGUCGCCAACAACAACCACAAAUGAAUCAUCCACAAAAACCACAACUGAGUCACCCACAACAACCACAGCUGAAGCAACAACAACCAAAACUGAGUCACCCACAACAACCACAACUGAGGCAACAACAACCACGACUGAGGCCACAAAAACCACAGCUGAAGAAACCACAACUGAGUCACCCACAACAACCACAGCUGAAGCCACAACAACCACAACUGAGUCACCCACAACAACCACAGCUGAAGAAACAACAACCACAGCUGAAUUCACAACAACCACAUCUGAAGUCACAACAACCACAACUGAGUCACCCACAACAACCACAGCUGAAGUCACAACAACCACAACUGAGUCACCCACAACAACAACAACUGAGGCAACAACCACAGCUGAAGCCACAACAACCACAACUGAGUCACCCACAACAACCACAACUGAGUCACCCACAACAACCACAGCUGAAGCAACAACAACCACAACUGAGUCACCCACAACAACCACAACUGAGGCAACAACAACCACAGCUGAGGCCACAACAACCACAGCUGAAGAAACCACAACUGAGUCACCCACAACGACCACAACUGAGGCCACAACAACCACAACUGAGUCACCCACAACAACCACAACUGAGUCACCCACAACAACCACAACUGAGGCAACAACAACCACGACUGAGGCCACAAAAACCACAGCUGAAGAAACCACAACUGAGACACCCACAACAACCACAACUGAAGCCACAACGACGACAACUGAGUCACCCACAACAACCACAAUUGAGGCAACAACAACCACAGCUGAGGCAACAACAACAACAGCUGAAACCACAACAACCACAACUGAGGCCACAACAACCACAACUGAGUCACCCACAACAACCACAACUGAGUCACCCACAACAACCACAGCUGAAGCAACAACAACCACAACUGAGUCACCCACAACAACCACAACUGAGGCAACAACAACCACGACUGAGGCCACAAAAACCACAGCUGAAGAAACCACAACUGAGUCACCCACAACAACCACAACUGAGGAACCCACAACAACCACAGCUGAAGCAACAACAACCACAACUGAGUCACCCACAACAACCACAACUGAGGCAACAACAACCACGACUGAGUCACCCACAACGACCACAACUGAGGCCACAACAACCACAACUGAGUCACCCACAACAACCACAACUCGGUCACCCACAACAACCACAACUGAGGCAACAACAACCACGACUGAGGCCACAAAAACCACAGCUGAAGAAACCACAACUGAGUUACCCACAACAACCACAACUGAAGCCACAACAACCACAACUGAGUCACCCACAACAACCACAGCUGAAGCAACAACAACCACAGCUGAAUCAACAACAACCACACCUGAAGUCACAACAACCACAACUGAGUCACCCACAACAACCACAACUGAGUCACCCACAACAACCACAACUGAGUCACCCACAACAACCACAGCUGAAGCAACAACAACCACAACUGAGUCACCCACAACAACCACAACUGAGGCAACAACAACCACGACUGAGGCCACAAAAACCACAGCUGAAGAAACCACAACUGAGUCACCCACAACAACCACAACUGAGGCCACAACAACCACAACUGAGUCACCCACAACAACCACAACUGAGUCACCCACAACAACCACAACUGAGGCAACAACAACCACGACUGAGGCCACAAAAACCACAGCUGAAGAAACCACAACUGAGACACCCACAACAACCCCAACUGAAGCCACAACGACGACAACUGAGUCACCCACAACAACCACAAUUGAGGCAACAACAACCACAGCUGAGGCAACAACAACAACAGCUGAAACCACAACGACCACAACUGAGUCACCCACAUCGACCACAACUGAGUCACCCACAACUACCACAACUGAGGUCACAACAACCACAAAUGAGUCACCCACAACAACCACAAUUGAGGCAACAACGACAUCUGAAGCCACAACAUCCACAACGACUGAGGCCACAAAAACCACAGCUGAAGCAACCACAACUGAGUCACCCACAACAACCACAAUUGAGGCAACGACAACCACGACUGAGGCCACAAAAACCACAGCUGACGAAACCAAAACUGAGACACCCACAACAACCACGACUGAAACCACAACGACGACAACUGAGUCACCCACAACAACCACAAUUGAGGCAACAACAACCACAGCUGAGGCAACAACAAAAACAGCUGAAACCACAACGACCACAACUGAGGCCACAACAACCACAACUGAGUCACCCACAACAACCACAACUGAGUCAACAACAACCCCAACUGAGGUAACAACAACCACAGCUGAAGCAACAACAACCACAACUGAGUCACCCACAGCAACCACAACUGAGGUCACAACAACCACAACUGAGUCACCCAAAACAACCACAAUUAAGGCCACAACAACCACAGCUGAAGCCACAACAACCACAACUGAGUCACCCACAACAACCACAACUGAGGCAACAACAACCACGACUGAGGCCACAAGAACCACAGGUGAAGAAACCACAACUGAGACACCCACAACAACCACAACUGAAGCCACAACGACGACAACUGAGUCACCCACAACAACCACAAUUGAGGCAACAACAACCACAGCUGAGGCAACAACAACAACAGCUGAAACCACAACGACCACAACUGAGGCCACAACAACCACAACUGAGUCACCCACAACAACCACAACUGAGUCACCCACAACAACCACAACUGAGGCAACAAAAACCACGACUGAGGCCACAAAAACCACAGCUGAAGAAACCACAACUGAGACACCCACAACAACCACAAUUGAGGCAACAACGACAGCUGAAGCCACAACAACCACAACUGAGUCACCCACAACAACCACAACUGAGGUCACAACAACCACAACUGAGUCACCCACAACAACCACACCUGAAGCCACAACAACCACAGCUGAAGCCACAACAACCACAACUGAGUCACCCACAACAACCACAACUGAGGCAACAACAACCACAGCUGAGGCCACAAAAACCACAGGUGAAGAAACCACAACUGAGACACCCACAACAACCACAACUGAAGCCACAACGACGACAACUGAGUCACCCACAACAACCACAAUUGAGGCAACAACAACCACAGCUGAGGCAACAACAACAACAGCUGAAACCACAACGACCACAACUGAGGCCACAACAACCACAACUGAGUCACCCACAACAACCACAACUGAGUCACCCACAACAACCACAACUGAGGCAACAACAACCACGACUGAGGCCACAAAAACCACAGCUGAAGAAACCACAACUGAGACACCCACAACAACCACAACUGAAGCCACAACGACGACAACUGAGUCACCCACAACAACCACAAUUGAGGCAACAACAACCACAGCUGAGGCAACAACAACAACAGCUGAAACCACAACAACCACAACUGAGGCCACAACAACCACAACUGAGUCACCCACAACAACCACAACUGAGUCACCCACAACAACCACAGCUGAAGCAACAACAACCACAACUGAGUCACCCACAACAACCACAACUGAGGCAACAACAACCACGACUGAGGCCACAAAAACCACAGGUGAAGAAACCACAACUGAGACACCCACAACAACCACAACUGAAGCCACAACGACGACAACUGAGUCACCCACAACAACCACAAUUGAGGCAACAACAACCACAGCUGAGGCAACAACAACAACAGCUGAAACCACAACGACCACAACUGAGGCCACAAACAACCACAACUGAGUCACCCACAACAACCACAACUGAGUCACCCACAAAAACCACAACUGAGGCAACAAAAACCACGACUGA